AUGGAAAGCGGUGGCAACACGUCGAACAAUCCGUACCAUUUCUCAAAUUUGGCCAUGAUGAACAAUAGUGUUUUUUGUCGGAACUUCAGCGAUAACAUAAGUUUGGAUGCCAAAUGUGAGAGAACAGACAACCUGGCCAAAGAUUCGACACCAGUGAUCAUCGCGAUUAUAAUCACGACUCUUUACUCUAUUGUGUGUGUGCUUGGUCUGGUGGGAAACGUGCUCGUCAUGUAUGUCAUUAUCAGAUACACUAAAAUGAAGACCGCCACAAAUAUCUACAUCUUCAACCUGGCCUUGGCUGAUGCACUAGCCACCAGUACGCUGCCCUUCCAGAGUGUCAACUUCCUGAUGGGGACCUGGCCGUUUGGAGACGUGCUGUGCAAGAUAGUGAUAUCCAUCGACUACUACAACAUGUUCACCAGUAUCUUCACCUUGACUACAAUGAGUAUUGACCGUUACAUUGCAGUGUGCCACCCCGUCAAGGCCUUAGACUUCCGCACGCCCCGUAACGCGAAGAUUGUCAACGUGUGCAACUGGAUCCUGUCCUCUGCCAUCGGUCUGCCUGUCAUGUUCACCGCCUUAACUACUGUAACCGAUAAUGGCAAGUACGACAGAAUCAUCGACUGCACUUUGAUCUUCCCCCACCCAUCCUGGUACUGGGAGAAUCUUCUGAAGAUCUGCGUCUUCAUCUUUGCCUUCAUCAUCCCCGUCCUCAUCAUCACCGUGUGCUAUGGGCUAAUGAUCUUGCGCCUGAAGAGCGUGCGCAUGUUGUCCGGCUCCAAGGAGAAGGACCGCAACCUGCGCCGCAUCACCCGUAUGGUCCUGGUGGUGGUGGCCGUCUUCAUCAUCUGCUGGACGCCCAUCCACAUCUACGUUAUCAUCAAAGCCCUUAUCAACAUCCCCAACUCCCUGCUGCAGUCCGUCACCUGGCACUUCUGCAUCGCGCUGGGCUACACCAACAGCUGCCUGAAUCCGGUCCUCUACGCCUUCCUGGAUGAGAACUUCAAACGCUGCUUCCGCGAGUUCUGCAUCCCCUUGAAUCCUUCGAUGCUGGAGCUGCAGAAUUCCUCUCGUACCCGCCACCACCACCACCACCAGCACCAGCGCGAGCAGCACUCCAGCGCCAACACGGUGGAGAGGUCCAAUCAACAGGUAUGA